GGGCCCCGGUGUUGAAUGGGCCGUGCGGGGCCCGGGCUGAGGCGCUGGCGGCCACCGCCGCCUCGAGGGUCCGGAGGAGGAGGAGGAGCGGGACCGGGACCAGGACCUGGAGGAGGAGGAAGAGGAGAAGGAGGAGGAGUGGGGGGGGCCGGGCGAGCAUGGAGGGCCUGGCCGGCUACGUGUACAAGGCGGCCAGCGAGGGUCGGGUGCUGACCCUGGCCGCCCUGCUCCUCAACCGCUCCGAGAGCGACAUCCACUACUUGCUGACCUACGUCAGCCAGCAGGGCGGGCAGCGCUCCACGCCCCUCAUCAUCGCCGCCCGCAACGGGCACGCCAAGGUGGUCCGCCUGCUGCUCGAGCACUACCGCGUGCACACCCAGCAGACCGGCACCGUCCGCUUCGACGGCUACGUCAUCGAUGGCGCUACCGCCCUGUGGUGCGCAGCGGGUGCCGGCCACUUUGAGGUGGUGAAACUCCUGGUGAGCCACGGGGCCAACGUGAACCACACGACGGUGACCAACUCGACACCCCUGCGGGCGGCCUGCUUUGACGGGCGCCUAGACAUCGUCAAGUACCUGGUGGAGAACCACGCCAACAUCAGCAUCGCCAACAAGUACGACAACACCUGCCUCAUGAUCGCGGCCUACAAGGGGCACACAGACGUGGUGCGCUACCUCCUGGAGCAGCGGGCGGACCCGAACGCCCGGGCCCACUGCGGGGCCACGGCCCUGCACUUCGCGGCCGAGGCCGGCCACCUGGAGAUCGUGCGGGAGCUGGUCCGCUGGAAGGCGGCCAUGGCGGUCAACGGCCACGGGAUGACCCCGCUGAAGGUGGCGGCCGAGAGCUGCAAGGCGGACGUGGUGGAGCUGCUCCUGUCGCACUCCGACUGCGAUCGGGCCAGCCGCAUCGAGGCCCUGGAGCUGCUGGGGGCCUCGUUUGCCAACGACCGCGAGAACUACGACGUCCUGAAGACGUACCACUACCUGUACCUGGCCAUGCUGGAGCGCUACCGGGACCGGGACCACGUGGUGGAGAAGGAGGUGCUCCCGCCGAUCGCUGCCUAUGGGAACCGCACAGAGUGCCGGAGCCCCCAGGAGCUGGAGGCCAUCCGGCAGGACCGCGACGCCCUGCACAUGGAGGGGCUGAUCGUGCGCGAGCGCAUCCUGGGCUCGGACAACAUCGACGUGUCGCACCCCAUCAUCUACCGUGGGGCCGUCUACGCGGACAACAUGGAGUUCGAGCAGUGCAUCGAGCUGUGGCUCCAUGCCCUGCGCCUCCGGCAGAAGGGCAACCGCAACACCCACAAGGACCUCCUGCGCUUCGCCCAGGUCUUCUCGCAGAUGAUCCACUUGCACGAGGAGGUCAGGGCCCGGGACAUCGAGAGCGUGCUGCAGUGCAGCGUCCUGGAGAUCGAGCAGGGGAUGGCCCGGGGCCGGGGCCCCCCGGAGGCGGAGCUGCCUGGGGCGCUGGACAACCACGAGUGCAACCUGUUCACCUUCCUCUACCUGGUGUGCAUCUCCACCAAGACUCAGCGCAGCGAGGAUGACCAGGCGCGCCUCAACCGGCAGAUCUACAACCUGAUCCAGCUGGACCCCCGCACCCGGGACGGGGCCACACUGCUCCACCUGGCCGUCAACUCCAACACCCCCGUGGACGACUUCCACACCAACGACGUCUGCAGCUUCCCCAACGCCCUGGUGGCCAAGCUGCUGCUGGACUGCGGGGCCGAGGUCAACGCCGUGGACCGGGAGGGCAACAGCCCCCUGCACGUAAUCGUCCAGUACAACCGGCCCAUCAGCGACUUCCUCACUCUACACGCCAUCAUCACCGGACUGGUGGAGGCGGGCGCCCACACGGACAUGACCAACAAGCAGAAGAAGACCCCGCUGGACAAGAGCACCACGGGCGUGUCCGAAAUCCUCCUGAAGACCCAGAUGAAGCUGAGCCUCAAGUGCCUGGCCGCCCGAGCCGUCCGGAUCUAUAACAUCCACUACCGGAAUCAGAUCCCCAGGACCCUGGAAGAAUUUGUCGAGUUCCACUAGGUGACCGGCGGGGUGGGGGGCAGGUGGGGAGAAGGGUCUCCCUCCUCGUGGUGCUAAACGGGAAACGACUCAUCGCGGACGGUGGGAUCGCCGCCCUUCCUUCUCUCCCUCCCUCCGUCCCCCGAUCCCCUCGGUUUUUCCCUCCCUCACAGCAGUCAAUCGGCAAUGUCUGCUAAGGAGGCAAACAAACAGAACCCACAUUGGACUGGGGUGGAAACGGCCUUUGGAGAUCGGUCACAUUUGGAACAAAGAGGUGUGGCGUCAUCACUGCGUGCUUUUUAACUUUUUUUGGUUCUGCUUUUGUGUCCGCCUCUCUCUCUCUCUCUCGCUCUCUGUUUCUCUCUCUCUUUAUUUUAAAGGAAUACAAACCAUCUGGGCUGUAAUGUGCAAAAGCAAAUUGACGUUUUGCAGCCGACCCGGCUUUUAAACAACCACCGCAGAGGGCAUUUCUGCUCGGUCCCUGUGUUUUCCCCGUAGCUCUGGUCGCGGGGCAGAGCGGAGAAAUUGGAAAAAUCAGUGUCAGCGUCAGCUAACGGUCCUCCGCUGCCAGUCGGCACCGUAGACGCUGUCUGUAGCCUUUGCCUGUCCCAUUUAAUUGACGUGAAAUAAAUCAACAGAUUGAGAUGCCUGGGAAGGAUUUAAAAAAAAAUGGAGGUUUAAAUUCAUCUGUGUAGUUAGAGACAUGUAGUUGCUUCAGUCCAUGAGAAACGAUUGUCACACGUGCUGUUGGCUUAAGGAAAGAAGAGUCGUGGAAACAAACGUGUGCAUGUUAUGCAAACGAAUCUGAAUCAAACCAGCUCUUUUUAAAACACUUAUGGGCUCUUGGAGAAGGUUGUAGGGUUUUUCUUUUAGUCUUAUCAAAUAUUAUUAUUAUAUUUUUCUUUGUAUCUGUAACAGGCAGGAUUUGGACUUGAAAAAUCCCACUCUCCUUUUGAAGGAUGAGUAGAGAGAUUUUUUUGUAAUUCCACCACAGUUUGUCAACCCCGACAGUUGACAGUUUUCUGUUUCCAUCUCUCUCCCCUCUGUGGUGUCUUCCUUUCAAAUGCGAAACCCCUUUUCAGAGGGAAAAGCUUGUGCCUCCCUGGCUCAGAUGGGAGGGAGCCAGGGCAAUUUUUAUUUUAUUGUAUUUUAUUUUCCUCCCCCAUUACUUUCUUUGAUCAAGCUACAGCAGAAGCAGUUGGAAAAUACAAAAUCACAAGGAUAAUGGGUUAAAUGAAAUAUUUUUAUGGUAUAAAGGGAUUGUAUCAAGCCACCCCGCAAGGUACUGCCUUCUGUUGAGGGCUGAGCAUCUUCAGCAGUAAAAUGUCACUCGUAUGAACAGUCAGUGAGCAUCCUCUGCUUAUUCUUAUUUAGCUGCAGCUUUUUAACCUCCAGACUGAUAGAAGGUUCUGUUUUUCCUUUCUCUUAAGCGAAAGCAGAAUGGACAUUCAAGGAAGGGGCACACACCUGUUUGUAUCAGUUUGACGAAUAUUGAAUGUGAAAUAAAUGUGUAACUUGGUAAGUUUUGUCUAGUGCCCCACGGACUUCCCCGGUCGCCCUCCCACCUCACUGUCCCCCGCCUCCCACCGUUGCUCUUGAGGGGGCGGGAGCAGGGGCGGGGGUUGCUGUCUGUACUGACAGUACGGAACGCAGGACUGUAAAAAGGAAAAUAGUGUCAAAGUUUUGGUAGUUCUAAACGUGACUGAAUUCUCCCUUCCUGGAGAACGAGAACAAGAUCGGAAAAGUGGAGAAAUAAAAGUAUUUUCAUUUGUGUCUCA